AGCCCCUUAUCUACUUCGGCUAGAAUGCUAAGUUAGAGACACAGCACCAAAUAUUUCUCAUAAGAAAGCAAAAAGAUGUUGAGCCUUUCUAUGGCCACCGUCUCUCCAAUUCCAAAAUCAAGCUUCUCAGGCAUCCAAAUCCGUCAAUCAUGUCCAAUUCCGACGAGGGUACCUGUCAAAACGACAUGGUCGUUUUCUGGGAAGCCAUUAGUAGUAAUGAUGUCGAAGAGACUGGAAGAAUUGAAGAAAAUACGAGAAAUGAGCACUGAACAAAUUCAAGAAGAAGUUAUUGAUCUUAAAGGAGAGCUUUUUAUGCUUCGGCUUCAAAGAUCUGCUCGUAAUGAGUUUAAGUCCAGCGAGUUUCGUCGCAUGCACAAAAGGGUUGCUCGCAUGCUUACUGUGAAGCGGGAAAGAGAAAUUGAGGAAGGAAUUAACAAGAGAUUAUCGAGAAAACUGGACCGAAAAUGGAAGAAAAGUAUUGUUGUGAGGCCUCCUCCAUCUUUGAUUAAAUUGCAAGCGGAGGAGGCAGCCGCAGAAGCUGCAGAAGCUGAGAAAUCAGGAUCAGCAUAAGCUAAUGUUUGCAUUUUCUGUAUGAAUGAAUGCAUGAUCUACUUUCAUCUUAUGGACAGCUUUUCAAAUCACUUAGUUAAUUCUUUUUGACAA